AUGUCUUUCCCCCAGGAUGCUCGUCGGAGGCGGGUUGGAGCGGGUACUGGCUUCAGCUCGUCGGGGAGGCGGACAGCUCUGGGAUACUGGGUACCUUUGGCAUUAACAGUGGGUGUCGCAGCAGCUGGUGUCGCAGCCUGGAUCUGGAGUGAACGCAUUGAAGAUGAAGAAAACGAUGCAAAUGACCCUCGAGGUGACGAUGCCUUCCCCGCGCCUGGCCCCGGUGGGGACGAGCUUCCUCCCGGAUACCACGGAGACUAUGCCAGGUCAACAGCGACGGAUAUUCAUGAUACAGAUGAUGUUAGCAUGGUAGCUCGCAUGCAGGGAGCCUUGCGACGCACUCCUAGCCCUCAGCAGAUUUUAGAUGGUGCUAGCAAGCGGAUGGCUGCUGGUAUGGCUGCUGCGGGCGCGUUUGUAGGUGGCGCUCUUACAUCGAUCCGGGAAGAAGACCGGGGCGACUUCGAAGAUCAUUCCAGGUGGUCUGAAGAGGUAGAAUCAAGAGGCCGCAGGGAUCUACCGGAUCCCGCUACACCGACCGUGAGCGGAACUCUUCCUGGCCCAGGAGUCGCUGCUGGCACGUCCUCUGGCGCGAAAAAGAAGAAAACGGUAGCUAUUGUGGUCUCAUCGGACACAUCGCGCUUGGACCCAGAGGAGUACACUUCUGAUCACGCUUCUAUCCUUUCCCAUCUUCCGGAACAUAUCGAUCCCGAUAAUACUCGAAUCUUCGUUAUGAUCUACGCACCGGGCUUGAAGCACGCUCCUAACAAGGGCAAUGGAUCCCAUCCUGCCAUGUCCAUCACCUCGUCCUAUUCAAACAUCGCUCCUGAAGAAGUCCUAUCCCCCGGUGAGCCACCAAGCGGCGACCUGACUGCAUCGGACUCUCGCCAGGAUGACCAGACUCCGCUCUUCAAAACGCUGUAUACUCAGGCGCAAGCAAUUGCCGAGAAAGAGAGCAUGAUUAUGCCUUUCAGCACCUCUACAGGCUUUGUGCAUCUCGUGCGACACAUUUCUCCUGACAUUGUUUACGUCCAGGAGUCCCUGACUGGAAAGGAAGGGGAACCGGUACAGAAUAUCACCCGGUGGGUCAGACAGGUAGUGGUUGUCAUCGGCGAGCGAGGAGGCCUCGUCGACAGUGAAGAUGAAUCUGCCGUGGCCGACAAUGGUGAGAAGUGGUGGGAGAAGGAUGGUACGAUUGGCAUCGGCAAGCGCAUUGAUGUCGUCGACGUGCUCCGUACGGGAGACGAUUGGCGACGAAGAGUGUCUGGCUUGGACUAG